AUGGAAGAAUGUUUGAGUUUUAAAGUUUCAUGGCUGGUGAGGUGGGCAUUGUUAUUUGUGGUGUUGAAUAGUUUGUUGGCACCAAAUGUUUUGGCGGACGAAGAAGAUGAUGAUGAUAUUUCGGUGUUUUGCAGCGUUGAUCUCACUACGCUCUUUCCUUCUCCGUACUAUAAUUUAUCGAACAUGUAUUGUCCUUAUGAUUAUGAGGUGAAGUUGCAAUUUUUUUAUGUUGCAAAAGUGGUUUCGUUCCUCUGUAGGUGUAUUUCCUUCUUUGAGGGAUUGGUUUAUGAAAUAUGGCUGAUAGUUAUAACUGAAGAUGUGAUUUGCAAGGAGCAAUACUCACUGAGCGAAGAUAAUGUUUUGACCAUUGUGUUAUCUACUAUAUAUACCUCCGGAUGGGUAGGAAUGGGUUUUUCAAAAGAUGGAAUGAUGCUUAACUCAAGUGCUAUGGUGGGAUGGGUCGACACAAAUGGUCGACCAAGAAUUAAGCAAUACUAUAUAGGGGGCUUCACAUCCUCGGAAAUUAAACCAGAUAAAGGUGAACUGCCAUUGACUGAUGUUCCACCAUAUGCCACCCUCUAUGCGGCCUCAUUCUACUUGGCAUUCCAGAUGAAGUUUGCAAGACCUCUCACCAAAAAACAAAUUUUAUUAGCUUUUGCAAGCAAAUACCCGGAAAACCUCCGCCUAACUCAUCAUGAUGACAAAACAACACUAGGAUUUGACUUCUCUGCAGGUAAAAUAGAUUCUCCACCUGCAAUAAACAACGAUGGUCAUUUAAAGAAGACCCAUGGGCUGUUGGGUCUGCUUGGAUGGGGUAUACUUCUUCCUUGUGGGGCAAUGGUUGCGAGACACCUGAAGCAUCGGGAUCCCUUAUGGUAUUACCUUCACAUAGCCAUUCAAUUUGUGGGGUUUAUGUUUGGGCUUGCUGCUGUGGUGGUUGGACUGUCACUCUAUGAGAGCAUGGAUGCCAAUGUACCAGAACACAGAGGCAUUGGAAUAUUUGUUCUCGCGCUAAGUAUCCUCCAGGUCUUGGCAUUCUUUCUACGACCCCAUAAGGAUAGCACGUUCCGCAGAUAUUGGAAUUGGUAUCACAGUUGGUCUGGAAGGAUUGCCCUCUUUUUUGGAGCUGUGAAUAUAGUUUUGGGAUUCCAAAUUGGAGAAAAAGGGAGUGAAUGGAAAAUACAAUAUGGAUUUCUCCUUGGAACAGUUCUGCUGACAUCUAUUAUUUUAGAGGCCCUGUUGAUAUUGAAAAAGUCAGAGAAACAAGUUCCACCUCCAGCCUUCCAACUCCCACAGUAA